AUGGCAGGAUCGUACAAAAAUGUUAAGAAAUUGCUUGAGGAGGCUAAAGUCAAAGGUCAUAAGGAAUUGGAUUUAUGCGAUCGAGGUUUAAUUAAUUUAACUGAUCUACCCACUUGGAACCGACUUCGCCAUUUAACUACAUUGACGCUAAGUCACAAUAAAAUUUCCGCAAUUCCUCCUGCGAUAAGCGAUCUUUCCAAUUUGGAAUGUCUUAUCCUUUGCAAUAAUGCAAUUCAGUUCUUUCCAACUUUUAAUUUAGCUACCCUUAGAGCUUUAUACCUUGGUGAUAAUGAAAUUGAAAACGUUCCUCCUGAAUUUGGAAAGCUGAAGAGCUUGCAAAUUCUGGUUUUACGGGAUAACUAUGCCAUCUCCUUGCCAAAUGAGAUCGGAAACUUAUCAGACUUGAAAGAGUUACACUUGCAAGGGAACCGUUUGACAGUACUACCUCCCGCAUUAGCCGACUUAGGACUAAAUAUAUCAAACGGGGUUAUUCGCUUAAGCGAGAACCCAUAUGUAAAACCCAUUGCAUCUCAGCUGGCCAAUGGCAUAGACAAGUUAAUGGAAUAUUUAAAGUCAGAUACUUAUAAAUAUUUAUAUAGUAGGCAUCUACAACAGGCUGCUACUGACAUUCCGCCUAAGAUUGAACUGGAUCAUAAAUUAAGUCGCUCUCAAAAGAAAAUUAAAAGUAUUUAA